AUGUUGUCUCGUGCCAGCAAUAGCCUUCGCUCUGAACGAGUGCUGAAAUGCUCGGAUGGAAUGAAACUUGCGGCAGUUCAGUGGAAACGCAAUCAGCCAUCUACCGAGAAUGCGACAAUCAGCAGGAGGAUACUCUGCCUACAUGGCUGGCUGGACAAUGCUGCCUCCUUCAAUCUCUUGAGUCCACACUUGACUCAGCACUGGGAUGGCGAUGUGGUAGCUCUUGAUCUCCCCGGUCAUGGUCAUUCUUCUCACAGAUCUCAGGAUGGACCAAUGCUCCAUUUGAGCGAUAGUACCUUUUAUGUGGCCGAAGCAACCAAACAGUUGGGCUGGUGGAAUAAAAACAGCGGCAGUGACGACGAUGAUCUUCCAUUGACAGUCCUUGGUCACAGCAUGGGUGCGGGAGUGGCUGUGCUGUUUGCAGCGACAUAUCCAGAGCUCGUACACUCCUUGGUACUCUUGGAGGGAGCAGCUCCUUUUAUCCCGCGCCCAUCGAAAGAUCAUCUUUUCCUGGACGAGCUAAGAAACAGCUGUGAUCAGCGCAUCCGCCAAAAUCCAAUGCUUUAUCCUCAGAAUAGAAAUCCCACAGUUUUCCCGACUUUGGAGGUGGCAGUCCAGGCUCGAAUGGAUUUCGUGUCAAAAUACUCACCGGGGAAACAGUACAUUUCACGGGAGGCGGCCACGGAAAUUGUCACUCGAGGGACAGCUUUGCAAGAUGGAGGGGGGAGUAGCGUAACAUUUCGGCAUGAUCCAAGGUUGCAAUGGCCUUCGCUGCGUCAGUUUAGCCAGGAACAAGUCAAGGAGCUGUUGUGGACAGGUGUGGCUUGCCCUACCUAUCUCAUCCAGACCAAGGACGGAUGGCCCAUUGAUCCAGAGACACAACGGACGAUUGAAGACAUGCAAACUCUCAAAAAGCACAGCUGGUUAGACCGUGGCAGCCAUCAUUUCCACGCAGAUCCCAGCUGUCUCGAGGAACUAGUGGGCCAUCUAAAAGACAUUUUCUAA